UAAUAGAACUAUAACAUAAAAAACUUACUCAUUGUCUUCUUUUUUAUCUACUAGAUUUUUUUCAACUAGGUUAUCACAUGUGACAGAUGAAAUAGAAAAAUCACCAUCACUUUUUUUUUGUUUCCAUGUUUUGGGAGGACCAGGGGACAGUGGGGGUGGAGGGGCCAUGACAGCAUCAGAAGUUGGUUUUUUAAUCUCUAUUGAACUGACAUCAUAAUGAUGGCAUACAGACUGUUCACAGCUUUCAAUUUCUUCACUUUUUAAAGCAUUGGUUUCCGGAUCAGGAAGAGACUUUUCAAUAUCAGAAGGAAUCUGGGCAGGUGUUGGAUUAUUAGAGAUUGGAGCACAGCUAGGUUUCUCAUCACAUUGAACACUAAUAGGUUUAAUUAAAGUUUUAACUUGAGAUUUAUCAAUUUUUGAGACAUUACCAGAACGGACAUCUUUUUGAGUAUUAAAGGAAGGCCGUUUUAAAGUAGUAGCUGGUUUGGAAGUGGCAACUGUUUUUAUUAAUGUGGGUUGUACAGUCCUAGGUAAAAUAGAAGCUUUAAAAGGUUCUUGCUUUGAAAUUUCUGUCUUUUUAUUAGAUGUAGUAGAUGGAAAUUUCUUUCUUAAUCCAUUAUCUACUGUGAAUUUCUUAAUCGCAUUUAGUCUCAUAUUUUCUAAUCUGGUCUUAAUCUUGUCCUGAUCAACAUUACCACUAGUGACUGAGUUUUGAGAAAGUGGAGUCCUUUGUAAACUAUUAGAUCUCUUGAUAAGAGGUUUUUCCCCUGAAAUUUCAAUUAAGCUCUUAAUUAGGCUAUAUAAUUUAUUAAAGAAAAGAAAUAUAAAUAAAAUACCAGCUCUGGUGGACGAUCUAGAUCUGGAAACAGGUUUAUCUAAACUAUUUUUUUGAGGUAAAGCUUUUUCAUUAUCAUGUUGAACACAACUGUGAAUUGAUACUUUUUUAUUUUGUCCAGGAACGUAAAAUUGGUUUUCUUUGCCUGACAUCUAGAAAACAUUUAAGUCAAGAAAAUAAAAAUAGGAGUGUCAUACUAAAAUUAGAGGAAGCACAACCAAUACAUCUAAAUAUGUUCGCUUACCACUGAUUAGAGGUGUAAUUGUAUAAUUGAGAGCCAGAACCGUAACCACUAAAAAUAAUAAGAUCUAAACUCAAUAUAUUAAACAAUUUUAACCGGACUUGAGUGUGUAACGGUUUCGCUUGUUUAAACUUGAUGGCGGUGUAGCAAACUAUCGGUGUAGGCUCACGGAAAAUUCUUGAUAAAGAGGGAGAAAAGUCAAAGUUUGGGAUUUGCAUAUUUUGGUAUCUUGUGACAGACGAUUCAGGCAGUUAUGGAGAAAAUGGUGGAUGUGAUAUUCUAGUUAUAUUGUAGUUAUUUGGGUGUCUUUAGUGUUUAGGAUUUCGUUAAUUAUAAAUAAUUUAGGUAGAUACCAUUGUUAGUAUUAUGUAAUUUUAUAUUUUUCAUUGGGCAUAUUGGUACCCCUAAAAAUUGUUGGUACAGAGUGAAUCGGCUCUUCUAUUUAACAUUAGUCAUACGUUCCUGAUAAAAUUAACUCUUUUGUAACAACGAUUAUAAAUAUUCUUCAGGUUCGUUUAUUAAAAAGUGAAGUGGUUAGUUUUGUUACGUGGGUAUAUUUAAUAUUUCAUAGUUCAAUGUUCAUGGGUUCAUUUUUAAUUGGGCUUUCGUAAAUUGAUUUAGUGCUUAUUAUUUCUAUUACCAUUUGUUAUACUUCGGUUGUUGAUUUGAUUGAUUUAUUCAGUGACAAUAUCAUGUCUUGAUCUGCUACUCAUGUUAGUAAGCUGCUCUAAGGGGGUUAAGAGUCUAUUUUCUUUUGUUUUGUUUUUAUCAGUGGAUUUGUACCUUCCCUAUAGCAAGUGAGAAGGUGUAUCAAAAUGAUAGACAUCACUAUUAAAACUUUAGAUUCAAGAAAUCAUGUUUUUUCAGUUGAAGAUGAACUAACUGUUAAACAAUUGAAAGAACGCAUAGCAGAACCAGUUAAUGUACCUGUAGAAUCACAAAGAUUGAUAUAUUGUGGUAGAGUUCUUGUUGAUGAAAAGAAAUUAUCUGAAUAUGAUGUUCAUGGCAAGGUUAUACACCUUGUUCAACGCGCUCCGCCAUCAAGUAACAAUGAUACUACUAACUCAGGAAGCGAAGGUAGAACAAAUACAGCUCCAAGGCGUGGUCCUUUUCGUACUAUUAUUGCUCCUGGUGGUAGAAUGGACGGGGCAAGCGGUAAUGCUAUGUAUCUGGGAGCAAUGGCUUUUCCAGCCGAUCUCAUGGAUGCUCAAGGUAUAUCGAUGCCACAACCUCGCCACAGAUUGUCACAAAGUAGGCUCUCAGUGGCACGUGCUAUGCUUCGAAGAGCCCGUUACACUCUUAUUAAUUUAGAAAGCCCUUCCCAGUCCGAUCCUCUGCAAGAAAUAAAUGCUAACAAUGAUGAUUUACAAGGGAGCAUUGCUGCUGUAGCCCAAGCAGCAACAACUGCUGCAAUCGCUGCUGCUGUUAGUGGAACUAGCAAUGUUGGUGUUCAACAUCCACCACCAAUCAUAAAUAUUGAAGCUACUGGAGCAGAUGGUGAAAUGCAAGCUGAAGAGGCAGAGCCUACACCUGAAGGCAAUAGUCCAGACGAAUCACCUUCUGGAGAAGAAUCAGUUCCGAAUGCUAAUGAUGAGUCAACAGACAAUGCACGUAAUGGCAGAUACAGAUUCCCUGGCCCAGUCCAUAUGGCAGAAUUAAUAGCAUAUAUUAGGGAUAUUGAAAGACGUCUUUCACCACAUUUAGAAAGGUUUCAUGAUCUUGUUAGGCAUGACCCUGUUUUAGAAAAUCCAACUGAAGCACAGAGAUUAUUUGAUCAUGUUUCCAAAAUGAUGCAUUUUCUGGCACAUGCUUAUCAUGCCAUUAGUGAUAUCAUGUGUGACUUUUCACAACCUCCUCCGCGACGUCUCCGUUGCCGACCAGUUUUAAUUCAACAUUCAGCUGUUCUGCAGACAGGAAUUCCAAUACAGGCGCAGCUCAACGUUGGAGGAAAUCUGAAUCAAGGUAAUCAGAGUACAAGUUCUUCAGCCACCACCGAAACAGGAUCAAAUAAUGAACCAUCAGUUGGAACUGAGGCUCCUCAGGAAGAAUCUAGACCUCCCACCUCUCAACCAGAAGCAACUCAAAGUCCGUCAAGUGGUCGAACUGGAAACUUAGGACAAGGCAAUUUUGAGUUUUAUAUGGAUGUUGGACAGGGGGCUAUUACUAUAGACUCAAUGGAAGCUACAUUGGUCACAAACACUAGCCAAGGAACAACAGAAACAUCUGGUACAAUGACAGCUGGACCAUUUCCUUGGGGUAGCCCUCCACCACCAGAAUUUUUACAAAACUUGAUGCAAGCACUUGCUGGCCAUAUGAUGGGCGGAAGUGGUAGUACUGGAGGAAGUAGUAGUAGUUCAACUUCGCAGCCUUCAGCGAGCACUGAUUCUAAUGUCACUAACAGUCAGGCAAGAGGUAACACUACCACUCAGCCAACCACUUCUACUCAGACUAGGUCUACUACUCGACCCCAUGUUCAUAUAACUCCUGGUUUUCAAGGAAUGGGUGUGCCAGGUUUCUUUGACCCAUUUCUACCAUGCAAUUCCCAUCACAUCCAUGGUACCAGGAGAAGAGCAGAAGGCCAAGAAGCAACUGCUAAUAGCAACACUAACAGUUCAACUAGCCAGUCUACUGGCACCUCAACCGAGAGUCCUCCGAGGGCUGCCUCUGAGGCUCCGUCUGUAGUCAAUCUUUUUUCCAAUUUGCUAUCAGGUAUGAGAGCCAGUGGUGCUGGGAGCCAAGGCACGGGUCCAAAUGUUAUUCGCAUUCUGCCCCGAGAUAUUACUGUUUUCUUACAAGGACCACCAAUGCAGGUAAAUAAUUUAACAUUACCUAUUCAAACAACUGUUGCCGAGAUGUUGCAGACACUGCCUGACCAUUCAUAUACAGAAGGAGCCUCCAUCUUCACAGAUUUUAUUAUGACACUCCAGGCUCGCAAUAUGAGGGUAAUUGAUGUGUUGAACAUGGGAACAGCUAAUUCAAGUGUUCUUGCUAGCCUGAGGCCUGUUUUGAGAGAUUUCAUCCGCAAUCAAUUGCUUGGAGGGAGAGAAGGGAACCAGGCUGUAUCUGAUGCUGUGAAUAGGAUUAAUACUGAGCUGAGGCCUCUGAUAGAAUCAAUCUGUGCUCAAGAAGAUAUACCAUUUAGAGAUGAUGUAGAUAUAAUUGCUACUGUUAAUCAACUGAAUCAUACAACCAUUCCUAUCCUUAUCAGAGAUGUUUUGGAAGAAGAUGACAACGAAUUUUUGAGAAAUAUACCAAAUCACUUUAAUGACUAUGCUCGUCAUCUAGCAUCCAUUCUUCUGUAUUGUUGUCAAAAUGGUCAGCAAGGUUUGGAAGCUAUUUUUACUACUCUGGCUCGGAGAAUAAUUGUGGGUGUGCCAGCCGCUUUACAAAACUGGUCUGUUGUACACAUUGUAAACCAACUGAGGGCCAUGACAAAUGGCUUAGAAACCUCGAGUGAAGCUAUCCAGCCAUUCCUUGUUUACAGAAUGGCUGAAGCACCUCCUGAUGAAGUUUCAAAUGACCAGCCUCAGGCAAUGGAUACUGAAGUGGCUAGUGAAGCAGCACCCACCCCUGCCUCCGCAGCACCAGUUCCUCCGUUAUCAACAUCUUUACCCGUUUCUCCAAUAUUAGUCCCUUCUGCGAUACCCAUCACACCUUCUGUAACAAUACAACAGUCACUUCCAGAACAGAUUCCAGAUCAGCUCCCCGAAGUCAUUAUUGGAGCAGAACAAUGGCAUAAUGCUGUCCCACCAGACUGGGUUCCAAUAAUCAGCCGUGAUCGUGAAAGACAAAGACGCCAAGCCGUGCAAGGACCAUUAAGUGAUGCUUACCUGGCAGGAAUGCCUAGCAAAAGACGUAAGGUUGUUACGUCUAGUAAACCCCAUGGCAAUUUAGCAAGAGUAAUCUCAGAGAGUAUGAAUACUGCAUUGGGUGCAGCUGGUGUUGCUCGGGUGGAACCAAAUCUUGCUGAAACCGCAGGAGGUGAUACGUCUCUGAGGGCUGCUUACAAAGAGCAAGUCAGGACUACUUUAACCCCUACACUUAGGCAUCAUCCUGAUUUUAGUCCUGAAAAGUAUCCUGCAGCUGCAAAGCUGUUUGUGCCUAAAUAGAAUAAAUCUAUUCAUUUCUUUUUUUUUGUUAUUUUUUUUUUAUCCUGUAUUAUAUUGUAUUCUACUUUGCUGCAGCUUUAUGAUGUAUUUUACGACUGAAAACUAAUCAUUUAGUUUUCAGUUUACCACUUAGUCUAGUCCAGUGUGGACUACCUACUAUGUAUGUAUCAUUAAUUGUAAUAUUAUAUAUUUGGCUUUUUAUAUGCCAUUUUAUAGAUUGAAGUAUGUGUAGGGGAAGGGUAACACAUUAGUUAUAUAUGACAUCAAGUUAUGAAACUACUUGUGUUAGUUAAUUUUAACGAAUGUUUUAUUCUAUUAAUAAUUUUGUAAAGUUCAAUUUCAUUUUUGACAACUAAAGUUAUAAAUACUCCUUGUAUAAGCUCAUAUAUAGUAAUAUUUUACUUUACUGCAUUUAAAGCUUAAAGUUUUGUUUAAUAUCCUUGUAUUGGAUUGUAAAUAGUGGGUUAAGUUGCUGAUUUAAAAAAAAAAAAAGAACUUCAUUGUAAUGCUUAUACUAUUCAUUGUAAUAAGUUUUAUUUGACCAUUUAAAGAAUUCAUCGACUCUUCAAACAUACAAUUAAACUAAUAAUAUUAAUACAAAUGUUUCAUUACUUUUUUUCCUUUUUUUUUUUUAUACAUUGUGCUUCUAUUUAUGAAUAAAAUUUGUAAUUAUUUUGUGAAUAUUUUAUUUCCCAUAAUAAUUUUGUAAUGGUCUCAUUGUAAUAGUUUAAGUUAAUAAAUAUUCUUACCUUCAUUAUGGU